AUGCAACAACAACAACAACCAUCAACUCUGGUACGAUCGGAAUCAUCCAUCUCUUCAAUAGGAGUGCAAUCCUCUCAAUCUCAAGAGAGUUUACUGUCCCAUACAAUGUCCACAAAUACUCCUCCUCAUCAUACAUUUGCUCCUUUUUUUCAUCAUCAACAGCAUCGGAAUAAUUUCAGCAACCAUCAAAACAGCUCUUCCGAGGAUUCAUUGUGCAUUACCAUUGAAACAGAACAAGGAGAUAGUACUAUCCAGACAUCAUCAAUCCGAUCUCAACCUGCAACAACAACAACUACUACUGUAACGAGUAUGAAAACACUUAAUCAAUCAUCAACAAAUGCUACGACUCGAACAUUAAAAUCACAACCACCUCAGGAACCAGGCUUGUUUGCAUCGCUUGUGGAUUCUUUAUUGGAAUAUUUUGAGGAUUGGUUUGAAGAUCCUGGAGAAAAGACAGAUCAAGUGGCAGAAGCGAAAACACAAAUGAAUAAUGGAAUGUACUGA